GUCUUCAGGAGUUUUCUCGAGAAGGGAGUGAGCAGCCGAGCAUGUGGGUCAUUCCCGCCGCAGUGCUUCUGUUCGUUCGGCAAUCAGAAAUAGAGAAAGAGCGGAUGAAUUUUCUGCACACCAGAUCUACUUACCAAAAAAAUGGCUACCCACCUUUAGUACUACUAGUGACAACUGGUUGUUGUUCCUCUGCUGGUUCUACUUAGCCGUUAACCGGAUCCGACAUCGACCUUGUUCUCUAUAGUUUUUCACUUAAGUACGUAGCUGGCGAAGACAGAGUCUCGAUCUCCGUUCUCGUCGUCUUUUCGAGCAGCUCUGCCGCAACGGCGACGCCUCUGAUGGGUGUCGCGGAGACCUCUCAAAAGCAGCAAAUCACAUUCGAAGGCGACGAUGAUCGAUCAACCGCAGCAAGCUCGACUUCAUCUAGCGUUUCAGCGGAGCAGAGAUGUGAUGUCGCGCCGACGCACGGUAAUUCUUCAAUCGGGACCCAGAUCCCGUCUAAGCAAGGGGCACAGGCGUGCAGAUGCUGCGUAUGUGGCACUAAAUCGCUAAAAAUCCUUGCGAUCUUGCCAUUCGUACUUGGCUAUGCGCUUGGGUUUGUGAGCAUGUCUAGGCCGGUCACCAUUGCGGUAGGAAUCACGUUAUUAUGUUGGCACUUUUCUGUGGCAAAAAGAAAAAUCUUUCAUGGAAGAUGAAGCAUUUGAAGAAUCUUUAACACAUGGUUAUUCACAUUUUCAUCUGCACUGUGAUAUAAUACUGCGCCUGGGAGAAGGCUUCAGUGUAAGCGGAUCUCUAACUCAAUGGAAGCACUUAAUGUCUGCAAUGGGACUGACUUUCCGCGUAUGUUUCAAUUUCUGUUCUUUUCAUCUAAGACCUGUCGUCCUUUCGACGGCCGAUCAAAUCAGUGACUUUCUUGCCACACGCGAGCGGAAGCGUCAAAAUUUUCCCGCCAGCUGGCCGAAAUGGCCUGGGUUUGUGCAGUGGUUCUUCCUGGUUGUUACGGUUUAUUGAUUUGACUGUGUGUCUCACUUUUGUGCUUUGCUUCCGUUUUGUUAGUGGGCACAACAACAAUCAAAACAAACGCGGACAAGAGUGCGACAUCUGCCGGGACUGGCAAUGGGACAUGAAACACAGAGCUAGCAAUUAUAGCAUGUUCUUUAUUUUUGCAAUUGCGGCUGCGGGUUUUGAGUUUGACUUUACUGCUUUAAACUAGUGAAGGUCAUUCUUAUCGCGACUGGUACGGUGAGCAAGGAAGUCGCGGAACAUGUAGUUGGCCCUCCUUUUAUGCCGGUGAUGCUGCUGGUGUCUCUAGUGACGUUCCUGAUAGGAAAGCCGUUUGUUUUGGCAUAUGCUUACAGCUACAUGACAAUACGGCUCAAAAUAAUUCAUUUUCGAGGGUCAUCUUCCUCUGUCUCCUCCUUGGGAAUCCGAAGAAAUGAACUGAAGAAAGGAAUUGCUUUGGGCUCUAAUGACACCGAAUAAAGCCCGAAGACUUUUGCACAGUGGCGACGAAAUUCGCCAGUCGUUCGAGAAAACAAUGUGGAAGUUGCAAGCAUUGUGGACAUGUGUUUUUGUGGUAGUAUUCCUGUUUUCUCUUGCAAUGGAUAACCUGACGCCGUCUAUGUUAUGAAGAGACGUGAUGCAACAUGCAGGGAUAAACAAUUAUAAAAUAUACAACUAGCAUGGCCAGACAUGAACGCAGCGGCAGACGCAGAUAAUCGCAGCACAAGCGUAGAUGAUCUUGUGGCUGGUGUCAGUAAUGCACAAGAAACUGCUCAGAUGCUGGGUGAGUAGGACGGCAUUACAAUAUCGCCAAUCAUAAAAAUAUCAAUAUGCUUCAUAACAUCCUUGUUGCACUGCUGAUUGAUCCUUCAUAAAACGACGACACACAACGAACGGUGCUGAGCAUUUGGGGGCCGAUUACAAUCCUGGCGGUGACGAAAAAAAGGCUGCAGCCUUUGGUUGUGCAGAGAGACAGAGAGGAACGGGAACGCCAGCUUGCGUUGCGGAAUGCGCAGGUCUAAGAAUGGGAGGUCGUACGAGUACACGGUUGGACUGUUGGAAGAAAACUCCAAAAAGGUGUGAACUCGUCUAUCCCUCCUCUCUGUUGAUUGCGAAACGUACUGUGCCCCUUUUGGUGGCCAGAAAACCUGCCGCCGGUUUGCGAACUGGAUAAAGCUGAGGCCGCUCUUUCAGUAGCCCGAGGAUACAAAAAAAAAAGAAAACUUUUUUCUGAAAUCUCCAAAUCCAAAUCCAAAUCUGCCGUUUUUGUUUUCUUAGCGGGCUUUGCUGGGCAAGUAUUCAUGAAGAUCCUGGUGCAGUUGCAGAAUCAUGAAGAUGCCGCUUUGAUCUUUUAAUUUUGUACGGGAUAAGCUCAUCACGCUCGCUGGGCAACGGCAACCCCACCGAAGGUUUUGCGUGUCAAAAUGAACGCUCUUUUGCGACAAUUCGUACGAAAGCCUUAGAUGGCGAAUUAGCGUCGCGCUUCAAGCGUCUGAAAGGACGGUACGACGGAAAAAAUUUUAGUUUCCAAUUUUGAUGACCGCAUCUAACAAUUUAUUUAUAAGAUAAAAACUCUUCUUGUUUUUAUUGGAAUCGGCAAAGUGAAGCUCCUGAUGGUCUGCCCGGAACGAUGAC